AUGGCCAAGAAAUCAAAGUCACGCACCAUCGCCGUCCGGCUCAUCUCCAUGGCCAUGACAGGCUACUACCGCACAAUGAUUCGUCCGCGCGUGCACCGGCCGCUCAGCAUGUUGAAGUACGAUCCCGUCGUCAAGAAGAAGGUGCUUUUCCUUGAAGCGACCAAGGGCGGCAAGGCGAAAUAA